AUGUCAGCCGAGGAGGCAGUUAUAUUCCUACGCCCGCCUCCAAGGAGGUAUAAGUCCCACGCGAAGACUAAGGCGAAGGCGCAGAUAACGUCGCUCGUUCGUCAGGCGGCGGCUGACACAAAGGAUCUCAAGGAUCCACUGCACGGUUUGCAUCUCAUACUGGCUUUGCCCGAAGCCGGUUCGGCAGUGCCCCUAACGCUCUCGGAUGAAUGGCAAGGCGCACUUUGUUGCGCGUUAAUUGGGAACCAACCCACGUCCUCCAGCUGGCGUAGUCCUUUCGCCUCAACCUCCUCGGUGGCAGCGGAGAGUGACGAGGAGUCUCCCUGGCCUAUGCCAAAACUUGAGCACACUCUGUUCGACAAAUGGAUAACUUUGCCAGAGGCGCAGGAUAUUCCAUCUGAGGUUGCCCAGGUGUUGCACGAGUAUCGAGCGGUUAUUCCCGAUACCUUACAUAAGGGAUUAACGCCGAAGCGCCCUCAUGAUCACCAUAUUCUAUUUGUGCCUGGAAAACUUCCAGCGAAAUCUGCAAUAUACCGUAUGACCCCAGAUCAGCUCAUAUUCCACAAACAGGAGAUAGCUAAAUUAUCGGACAGUGGUUGGAUCGGACCGACCUAUUCGCCUAUUCGCUCUCAUACGAUCAUGGUGGACAAACGUGAUGAUGGCUCCGGGGAGCGGAAGAUGCGUAUGGUUGUCAAUUACCAGGCUCUAAAUGCACUUACGAUAGCCCCUCAUCUUCCACUACCUCCCAUUCAAACCAUUCUGGAGCUGCUGGGAGGCGCCAAGUAUUUUUCCACCUUGGAUUUUGAAGCAGGAUUCCAUUUAAUACGUAUGGCUAGGGAAGACCGGUGGAAGACGGCUUUCCGGUCCGUUCUCGGACUAUUCGAGUACCGCGUGAUGCCAUUCGGCCUUAACGGUGCUCCCACUACGUUCCCGGCCAAUAUUAAUGCCUAUCUACAGCCUUUAUUGGGAAAGGGCGUUAUUGCGUACCUAGAUGAUGUACUUAUCUAUAGUUCUGAUCUCUCUGGGCACGCUUCUCUUCUGCGACAAGUCCUAAGCAUUUUUCUUAGACACCAGUUCUACCCAAAAUUCCGCAAUUGCAAGCUUGCAAGGCAAAUAAUUACUUAUUUGGGUUAUACCGUCUCUGCUACGGGGAUCAAACCCGCAGAAGAUAAAAUCGCAGCCAUCCGGCAGUGGCCAGAGGUGCUGGAGAACGAAACGCAAGUGCGCCAGUUCCUCGGUACCAUAAACUACUGUGGCAUGUUCAUGAGACCGGACUAUGCAGACGUUGCCCGGCCGCUGGUUGAUCUAACGCGCAAAGACGUCAGUUUCAAAUGGACAGAGCUUCACACGCAAGCAGUGCGACAGCUCAAACAGCGCUUAAUCGACUUCACUACCUUACAAGUCCCUGACACGACGAAACCCUUCGAGUUAUACACAGAUGCCUCUGGUUAUGCACUCGGAGCAGUUCUCGAACAAGAUGGUAAACCCAUCGGCUUCCUCAGCCAAGCCAUGAGCCCCACGCAACAGAGAUAUUCGAUCUACGAUAAGGAACUCUUGGCGUUGGUCACGGCGCUGGACAAGUGGUCGCCCUUGCUCCGUGUCUCCAAG